CUUACACAAACACAAGCAAAAUCAUGGCAGCUUUCAAGAAUCUUGCUCUCUUCUUGUCUCUCACAUUGCUGAUCUCAACCAAUAUUUCAACUGCAGCUAGAGACAUUCUCAUUAACAAACCAGGCUUCAACAGCCUUUCAGCAAGACUUGAAGACGAGGGCAGCCUUGUGGAGUGCUGGAAUGCACUCGUGGAGAUAAAAUCUUGCACAAAUGAGAUUGUCUUGUUUUUCAUGACUGGCCAGGCUGAUAUUGGCCCUGACUGUUGUCGCGCUAUUCAUACUAUCACUCAUAAUUGCUGGCCUGCCAUGUUUACUUCUCUUGGCUUCACAGAUGAGGAAGGAAACAUACUUAGAGGAUACUGUGAUGCUUCUCCUAAUUCACCUUCUAUUUAUUUUAGUCCUGCUUCUGCUCCUUCACCUCUUGCUGCUGGCGCUCCUGCUCAAUAUCAGCCUAUGCUGGUUUAAAGAGAGUCGAUGAUGUCUAGUCUACUAGCUUUGUAUUCCAGGGUCUUGUGUGUUUUUUGUUGAAUUUGCCUGUUUUCUGUUGUUUUUGC